AGUGGGUGCAGCUGCGCCAGGGACCGAGAGUCGAAGGCAGCCUCGCGGGGCCGGGGUACGUAGAGAGACCUGAGAUCCGGGUGGCGCCCCAGGGACGCGCGGCGGCACCGCCUCCAGCCGCAAUUUAAAGGGCAGCGAGGAGCGGAGGGAUCCCUGCCGACUGCUCAACGCGGAUCCCUCCGCCGCGAGAGAAGCGAAGCAACGACUCACCUCGUCCCCUCAAAAUUCGCUUUUUGUUCCUCCGCCGCGGGAGCACCCGGCGGGGAACUCAUUUCUUUCUCGGGUUUCUCCGCCUCCCCCCACCCCUGGUCCCGUAAGAGCAACAGAGGCGUUCAGAGCGGUACGAUCCGAAGUGGUGUCCCUCCGCCUGGCCGCGGGCACUCCUUUUCGUGUCCUUCCACCGUUCCCGGGCGGCGUCCGAGCGGCUCACCGGGGGCGGCGACGCGUCUGCGGCGCGGACGGCGAGGCUCUGGGGCUAUGAGGUGAGGGCGCCCAGGCACCGGAGGCGGCACGCGCGGCGCCAGGACCCGGGACGCGGAGCCACCAGGCUAGCGGCUGCCUUUGGCACCCCGAGGCCGCGCGAGAGGCGAGGAGAGAACAUUGAAAUUAUUCUCUAAGCUAUUUGAAGAGAGUGACUAAAUGCACCUGGGUCAGGCUGUCUGUGGGUAUGAAGUGGUUGGGAGAAUCCAAGAACAUGGUGGUGAAUGGCAGGAGAAAUGGAGGCAAGUUGUCUAAUGACCAUCAGCAGAAUCAAUCAAAAUUACAGCACACGGGAAAGGACACCGUGAAGGCUGGCAAGAACGCAGCCGAGAGGAGGUCAAGCAGAUGUAAUGGUAAUUCAGGAUUUGAAGGACAGAGUCGAUAUGUACCAUCUUCUGGAAUGUCUGCCAAGGAACUCUGUGAAAAUGAUGACUUAGCAACCAGUUUGGUUCUUGAUCCCUAUUUAGGUUUUCAAACACACAAAAUGAAUACUAGCGCCUUUCCUUCGAGGAGCUCAAGGCAUUUUUCAAAAUCUGACAGUUUUUCUCACAACAACCCUGUGAGAUUUCGGCCUAUUAAAGGAAGACAGGAAGAACUAAAGGAAGUAAUUGAACGUUUCAAGAAAGAUGAGCACUUGGAGAAAGCCUUCAAAUGUCUGACUUCAGGAGAGUGGGCACGGCACUAUUUUCUCAACAAGAACAAAAUGCAGGAGAAAUUAUUCAAGGAACAUGUAUUUAUUUACUUGCGAAUGUUUGCAACCGACAGUGGAUUUGAAAUAUUGCCUUGUAAUAGAUAUUCAUCGGAACAAAAUGGAGCCAAAAUUGUUGCAACAAAAGAGUGGAAACGAAAUGACAAAAUAGAAUUACUGGUGGGUUGUAUUGCCGAACUUUCAGAAAUUGAGGAGAACAUGCUACUUAGACAUGGAGAAAACGACUUCAGUGUCAUGUAUUCCACAAGGAAAAACUGUGCUCAGCUCUGGCUUGGUCCUGCUGCGUUUAUAAACCAUGAUUGCAGACCUAACUGUAAGUUUGUGUCAACUGGUCGGGAUACAGCAUGUGUGAAGGCUCUAAGAGAUAUUGAACCUGGAGAAGAAAUUUCUUGUUAUUAUGGAGAUGGGUUUUUUGGAGAAAAUAAUGAGUUCUGCGAGUGUUACACUUGUGAAAGACGGGGAACUGGUGCUUUUAAAUCCAGAGUGGGACUGCCUGCGCCUGCUCCUGUUAUCAAUAGCAAAUAUGGACUCAGAGAAACAGAUAAACGUUUAAAUAGGCUUAAAAAGUUAGGUGACAGCAGCAAAAGUUCAGACAGUCAAUCUGUCAGCUCUAACACUGAUGCAGAUACCACUCAGGAAACAAACAAUGCAACUUCUAACCGAAAAUCUUCAGUUGGUAUGAAAAAGAACAGCAGCAAGAGCAGAGCAUUAACAAGGCAGUCUAUGUCAAGAAUUCCAGCUUCUUCCAACUCUACCUCAUCUAAGCUAACUCCUAUAAAUAAUUCCAGGGUACCAAAGAAACUGAAAAAACCUGCAAAGCCUUUACUUUCAAAGAUAAAAUUAAGAAAUCAUUGCAAACGGCUGGAGCAGAAGAGUGCUUCGGGGAAACUCGAAAUGGGGAACUUAGUACUUAAAGAGCCUAAAGUAGUUCUGUACAAAAAUUUGCCCAUUAAAAAAGAUAAGGAGCCAGAGGGACCAGUCCCGGCCGCAGUGGCCAGUGGGUGCUUAACUAGACACGCAGCGAGGGAGCACAAGCAGAACUCCGGGCGAGGCGCCCCUGCACACGUGGAGGGUGCCCCCUGCACCUACACAACCAGGCGGUCCAUGAGGACGAGGAUGAAUUUGAAGGAGACCUCCGACAUCAAGCUUGAACCAAAUAUGUUGGAUGGCUACAAAAGCAGCGUGACGGAACCUUGCCCAGACAGUGGCGAGCAACCAGCUCCUGCAGUGCAGGAAGAAGAGCUGGCUGGCGAAGCUGCACAGAAAGGGGAGGCCAAGUGUCCUAAGAGUGACAGCAGCAUGUCAAAAAAGAAAUCACGGCAAGGGAAACUGGGGAGACAGUUGGCAGAAGCAGAGGAAUCCGCCGCGGUGCACGAUUCCCCUGGCAGAGCUGGCGUGGGGCGAGAGGGGGUGGGGUCCCACCCUGACCAGGGCGAGCACAGCAGCCUGGAGGGCGUGCCCGGGAGCUACACGGACUGGCCCCCUUCUCCUGUUAGUGGUUCUGUGGUCACAUCAGACAGCUUCAAAACAAAAGACGGCUUCCGAACUGCAAAAAGUAAAAAGAAGAGGCGGAUCACUAGGUAUGAUGCACAGUUAAUCCUAGAAAAUAACUCUGGGAUUCCCAAAUUGACUCUUCGUAGGCGUCAUGACAGCAGCAGCAAGACAAAUGACCAAGAGAAUGAUGGAAUGAAUUCUUCAAAAAUAAGCAUCAAGUUAAGUAAAGACCAUGAAAAUGAUAAUAAUCUCUAUGUAGCAAAGCUUAAUAAUGGAUUUAACUCAGGACCAGGCAGUAGUUCUACAAAAUUAAAAAUCCAGCUAAAACGGGACGAGGAAAGUAGGGGGUCGUAUACGGAGGGGCUUCACGAAAAUGGGGUGUGCUGUAGUGAUCCUCUCUCUCUCCUGGAGUCGCGCAUGGAAGUCGAUGACUAUAGUCAGUAUGAGGAGGAAAGUACCGGUGAUUCGUCCUCUUCAGAGGGAGAUGAGGAGGAGGAUGACUAUGAUGAUGACUUUGAAGAUGACUUUAUCCCUCUUCCUCCAGCUAAGCGACUGAGGCUCAUAGUUGGGAAAGACUCUAUAGAUAUCGACAUUUCUUCCAGGAGAAGAGAAGAUCAGUCUUUGAGGCUGAACGCAUAGCAAGCUCUUGGUCUUAAUUCGACCCGGGAUAACUAAAGAAAUAAUCAAUUCCAGUCAGUUACUCCUCAACUGAAAACAUUUUAGGGGCAGCACUUCUGUUGUCUUUUCACUUAUCAGCAUAAUACUGUAGAAAGUGUACAGCGUACUGACUCUUCUUAAAAGUCUGAUUUGUGCAAAUUUUUAUUGUACUUUUUAAAUAGCCUUCUUAUGUGCAAUUCUGAGUUAUAGAGGUAAAGCCCUGUUGUAAAAUAAAGGCUCAAGCAAAAUUGUACAGUGAUAGCAACUUUCCACACAGGACGUUGAAAACAAUAAUGUGGCUACACAGUUUUCUUUUUUUAUCUUUAAGAGCAUCAACUGGCUCUUUAAUAUAUGACUAAAAAAUAAUUUAAAACAAAUCAUGGUAGCAGCAUAUUAAGGUUUUCUAGUAUAUGCUAAUAUCACCAGCAAUGUUCUUUGGCUUUUUGAUUUAUUUGCUAGAUGUUUCCCCCUUGGAGUUUCGUCAGUUUCACAGUUUGCUGGCCCAGGUGUACUGUUUGUGACCUUGGUUAAAUAGCAGACCAUCGGUCGGGUGGGAGUGAAAUUGGUUUCUUUAAAAAAAAAAAAAAAAAAAAACAAUUACAUGCGUGACAGCUAACUUUUCAGUACGUUAUAUGUACGAGGGUAGCAGUGUGCAGGAUGAGUUUCGAUACAGCGUAUUUAUUGCUUGUCAUGUAAAUUAAAGACCUUGUAUUUAACACUUUUCAAUCCUUUUAGAUAAAAUUGUUCUUUGCAAGAAUGAUUGGUGCUUAUUUUUUCAAAAAAUUUGCUGUGAACAAAUGUGAUGACAACAAGCAACAUUAUCUAAUGAACUACAGCUAUCUUAAUUUGGGUCUUCAAGUUUUCUGUUGCACUUGUAAAAUGCUACAAGGAAUAUUAAAAAACUCUAUUCACUUUAACUUAUAAUAGUUUAUGAAAUAAAAACAUGAGUCACAGCUUUUGUUCUGUGGUAACCUAUAAAAAAUGUUUGUCUUUGAAAUUCAGUGUAAAGAACUGAAAACAGUGUAUAUGUUGUAAAUAUUUGUGUGUUGUGAGAAAUUUUUGUCAUAAGAAAUUAAAAGAACUUACCAGGAAGGUUUUUAAGUUUAGAAAUAUUCAUGCCAAUAAAAUAGGAAAUUAUAAAUAUAUAGUUUUAAGCACUGCAUCAGUGGGAGUUCUUGGCUUAUGUUAGUUUAUGUAUGAAAAUAUCAAAGAUUUUUUUGACUAUAUUAUCAGUUAAACAAAAAGAGGAGUCAUUUAAUUUGUUUUUGAAGCACUUUGAGAAGAGAAAUUAAUUUUAAGUAACUUAAUGAGCAAAAUUUUGAUUACUACUUUAUGUUCAAUACCAACCUUCCAUUUCUCUGGAUUGUUUUACAAAUCAUUGGACAAAGAAUUUGAGAAUAUAAAUCUGUAGCAGGUGUUUGACACCAGUGGGUCUCUCUAUUUCUGGGAAAUGUGUACAUGUACUUUCAAAUAUACAGUGUUCCUAAGUGAAAUCAAUUUAGGAGAUUCGUGUAGUGUCUAGAAAAGUAGCCCAUAUCUUUAAAUACUAAAAGGAAUCUGCAGGUAAUGAGAAGUCCAGUGGAGAAAACCUCAAUGCUUACUGUUACUACUUGUUGAUUCCUACCAGUUUCUAGGUUCCUGGGGACAUUAUUUAAAUUAAGUUCCUUAGAACUAUUGCUAGUAGGUUCCAAAUAGAAAUUAGUAACAUUCAUAAAAGUUCUUUAAAUUUAGAAUUUUUUUCUCCUUCUGUUCUUCAAGGAAUUACUUCUAUAGUCUUCUGUCGUCUCGUUCCUGUUUGUUACGGUGCAGUUUCAUCCUCAGGUAUUAAUGUGGGAGCAAGUGGCUGACCUCCUCGCCUGCUCACACCCCCCUUUGCUCGCUCCGUCUAGAAUUCUUCACCUCUCGAAGCAGGGCAGCCCUGCAAGGUCUGUCCCAAGGCACUCGGAGCAGUCUACAACCUCACCCAGUCCUCCUGGUGUCUCUGGGUGGUAGUGGGAGACUCAGGCCACUGAGAAGGUCACGCUUAGACCCUGUGUCUGGGAGGUACCAGAGAGCAGGGGGUCGUCUUUUAUUCCCACCAUAGUUUGGAGUCUUUCAAAGAGGUUCAGAGACUAAAUCUUGAACUGUUUUCUUGGAUUACCAACAAUAGCCAUUUCAGGAAUUUCAGUCUUAAGGAAAAAGUAACAAAAUACCGCAUUUCCCACUUUUCUCCAUUUUUAAGCUUAAUUUUAGUAAUUUAUUUAUGAUGUUUAACUUUAUUGAGGCCUCGUCUUUGGGGGCUGACCUUCCCGUGGGUCCGAGCAGUGACGUUAGGUGGUGGUCACUGCCUCAGGAGUUGGUGUGCACAAGCGCUCGGCAGCCACUGCCGGCGCCUUCCAGGGAAACCUAAUUUCCGUUUUUACAGUUAGGGGCCUCGGAGCUGGUCUAGCUCUGCUGUAGAACUUCACUGUGUGGAAUGGCGAAAUCCACACACUGAUGACCACUUGGAAGAGGUUGCAUUCAAUAAAACUUAGCUAGAGCUUAUGCAAUGAUUGGUAAAGAUUUUGGCAUUGUAAGAAUUAGGAA